AUGACCUCCCCGUACCUAAGUCCAUCCUCUUCAUCAGAUCCCAGAUCAAGAACAGACAGCAUCUUUCCAAUACACCUACAAGAAACCAACGGUAUAAGGAAGCGAAGCAACUCUCGAUCAAGUCGUACUCGAUCCUUCUCGUCGGCCAACAUCGAGCGCCAUCCAGAGCUACUACCCGACCAGGUACAAGACCGGUUGAACCUGAACAGCAACAAUUGGACCGCAACAAAACUCUCUCCUCGACCCCAGCAUCCAUCGGCACCACUCAGCUCGUCGUCAGACGCUCCACCAUCUCAAGCAGCUAGUGAAACCCUUACGCUACCUGGAUUCCAGUCUUUGCAGAACAGCUAUACUAGAUUCGAUUCUGCCUCCCGCGAGUCCAAAGAAGCUCCUCAUACCACAUCUGCAGACAUGGCUUCCCUCAGUUACCUUCCUCCUCCUCACUAUGGACACAUGGCAUUUCAUGACCCAUCAUUUGAUCACAACUACCAACAAUCCGAAUCGAACUCGCACAUUCACCCCUCGAGCAACUUCGGUUUCAUCUUUGGGACCUCAGCACCGUCGCAGCAAAGUAUCUACGCCUCAGGACCCUUGGACAUUGAGCCCACUUUCUCCGCCGCGCCAAUGGCGCCCUCUCUAAACCACGUAUCCGAGCCGGCGACAAUGAACAACCUCAAUAGGGCAGUCAGCCCUUUCCACCCAUCGAACUACGACAGUCUCGAAUAUCCUCUGGCAUCUUCUACAAGCCGUACACUGGCAAACAGAAGCAUAUCACACAGCCCACUUUCUCAGCACAUGGACCCUUUGACUCCUCCUCUUACGGCAGGACUGGACUCUGCACAACCACAGUUGGCAGGAAGCCCAGGAGCACAGGCUAGCAUGGACCGUAUGCGAUCACCAAGCAUCUACGACGCACAAUCAUACUCCUCAUCAUACGCAGCACCC